GUUUCUUGUGCACCGGGUCUCUAAAGUCUAGAAGCCUCUCUGCUUUAUAUACUGCCCGGCUAUCGCCUCACAGUUAUUACUCCUUCCGCUUUCUUCACAGCUGACCGAUUUGUUCCGUCGAUUUCUUCGGAGAGCAAUGGCGACGAUCAAAUCAAUCAAGGCGAGGCAGAUCUUGGAUAGCCGUGGAAACCCGACUGUUGAGGCGGAUGUUAUCCUCAGUGAUGGAACUCUUGCAAGGGCUGCAGUACCGAGUGGGGCAUCUACAGGUGUAUAUGAAGCUUUGGAACUUAGAGAUGGAGGGUCUGAAUAUCUUGGAAAGGGUGUUCUUAAGGCUGUUCAGAAUGUGAACGCCAUCAUUGGUCCAGCAUUGAUUGGCAAGGAUCCCACAGAACAAACACAGAUUGAUACUUUCAUGGUGCAAGAGCUUGAUGGGACUUCUAAUCAGUGGGGUUGGUGCAAACAGAAGCUUGGUGCAAAUGCGAUACUAGCGGUAUCGCUUGCUGUUUGCAAAGCUGGAGCUUCAGUGAAGAAGAUUCCUCUCUACCAGCACAUUGCCAAUCUAGCUGGAAACAAGAAUCUGGUUUUACCUGUGCCAGCAUUCAAUGUUAUUAAUGGAGGAUCGCAUGCAGGAAACAAGCUUGCCAUGCAGGAAUUUAUGAUUCUUCCUGUUGGAGCAGCCUCAUUCAAGGAAGCCAUGAGGAUAGGUGCUGAAAUAUAUCACCAUCUAAAGGGUGUAAUUAAGAAGAAGUAUGGUCAGGAUGCUACAAAUGUUGGUGAUGAAGGUGGUUUUGCACCUAAUAUUCAGGAGAACAAGGAGGGUCUUGAAUUGUUGAAGACUGCUAUUGCGAAGGCUGGCUAUACUGACAAAGUUGUCAUUGGAAUGGAUGUUGCCGCAUCAGAGUUCUAUAGUGAAAAGGAUCAGACGUACGAUCUUAAUUUUAAGGAGGAGAACAAUGAUGGUUCUCAGAAGAUAUUAGGAGAUAGCCUGAAAAAUGUUUACAAAUCAUUUGUAGCAGAAUACCCUAUUUUAUCCAUUGAGGACCCAUUUGAUCAGGAUGAUUGGGCCCAUUAUGCAAAAUUGACUGAGGAGAUUGGUCAGCAUGUGCAAAUUGUUGGAGACGAUCUUCUUGUUACCAACCCUACUCGUGUUGCCAAGGCGAUCAAAGAAAAAACUUGCAACGCACUUCUUUUGAAGGUGAACCAAAUAGGCUCAGUCACGGAGAGUAUUGAAGCUGUGAAAAUGUCUAAGCAAGCUGGCUGGGGUGUAAUGGCAAGCCAUCGGAGUGGUGAAACUGAGGAUACUUUCAUUGCUGAUCUUUCCGUAGGCUUGGCAACAGGCCAAAUCAAGACCGGAGCUCCGUGCCGAUCCGAACGUCUUGCCAAAUACAACCAGUUACUGAGGAUCGAGGAAGAGCUGGGUGAAGCGGCGGUUUAUGCUGGAUCUAAGUUCAGAGCUCCUGUGGAGCCAUAUUAACUUCGCAGAUGAGUACUAUUUGCAUUUUUCUUGGAUUUUGGAGGGCCAUUUUGGCCAAGUAAUUAAAAUAAAAGAUGUCUCGUUUGAUGCUGGAGGCAUUAUGAUUUUGUCUGCUACUGUAUAAUUUAUUCUACUUUUUUUUUUCCGUAAUGUUCGGUGGUGCAAAUUUGUGAGAAAUAAUCUGGUUAGCCUUACUGUUGAGGCUUUCCAAUCUAUCUGUUUGAAACUGAAGGAUCUUGAUUAUCUUUUUGUAUUUCUGUAGCUAAAACAACUUCUUUAGAUAAUGAUUAUGGUUUUUAAGGUUAAUUGUA